CCCCCAAUCCAACCCUAACUAUAUAAACAAAAUUUCUCCAAAUCUUGGAAUCGUUCUCCAUUUCUUUUUUUUAGGCUGCGUAUCAGUAAUCCGGAGAAUUUGCCAUGGGGAGAAGACCUGCCAGGUGCUAUCGCCAAAUCAAGAAUAAGCCAUACCCAAAAUCACGGUUCUGUCGUGGUGUACCAGAUCCCAAGAUCAGGAUCUAUGAUGUUGGGAUGAAGAAGAAGGGAGUUGAUGAAUUCCCCUUUUGUGUGCACUUGGUGAGUUGGGAAAAAGAAAAUGUGUCCAGUGAAGCACUUGAAGCUGCUCGUAUUGCCUGCAAUAAGUACAUGACCAAGUUUGCAGGAAAGGAUGCUUUCCACCUGAGGGUGAGGGUACACCCUUUUCACGUCUUGCGAAUUAACAAGAUGUUGUCUUGUGCCGGAGCUGAUAGGCUCCAAACUGGCAUGAGGGGUGCUUUUGGCAAGCCUCAAGGUGUUUGUGCUCGUGUUGCUAUUGGCCAGGUUCUUCUGUCCGUUCGCUGCAAAGAUAGCAACAGCCACAAUGCCCAGGAAGCAUUGCGACGCGCAAAGUUCAAAUUCCCUGGCCGUCAAAAGAUUAUUGUAAGCAGGAAAUGGGGGUUCACUAAAUACAGCCGCACUGAUUACCUGAAGUGGAAAUCUGAGAAUCGUAUUAUGUCUGAUGGUGUGAAUGCUAAGCUUUUGGGAUGUCACGGGCCACUGGCUCUGCGUCAACCAGGAAAAGCAUUUUUAUCUCAGGCUGAAUCUGCCUAGGAUUUCUGAGAUAUGUGGUGAUAGGCUCCAUUCUAGCACAUCUUGUUAUUGGGUUCCGCUGUUCUGUGACUUGACUGCCUGAUUUUUAAACAUUUUAUCAUGUUUUUGGCUGAAGUGUAGGAGCUUGACUAUUAAAAAUGUCUUGAAAGUUUGUUUCCAGAUUUUGAUAGAAUUUUGGCUUGGUCAAUUUUUAUUUCCUAUGUCAAGGUUUUUAUUUUUUGUACUUAGUUUGAACUGUUUGUUUAUGGGUAUUUUUAACAUGAUAGGAACUUCGUAGA